CUACAACAUAUCAUCCAUCUUCACUCUCUUCCACUCAAUCAGAUCUCUAAACAGCCACCUCAGAAUUCUUCUUUAAAAAACCAACUUCUGGUUCUACACUUAUUCAUCCACAGUUAUUUCUUGUGCUGCAAUGGCUUCCACCAAACUCUAUGCUCUUUUCAUAAUCUCCACUCUUCUUCUCCACUCAACAUUCACCACCGCCUGCAACUCAUGCAAACCCAAGCCAACCGCAUGCCCUCCACCGCCGGCGAAGCCAGCUUCCUGCCCCAAGGACACACUGAAGCUCGGCUCCUGUGCCGACUUGCUCGGCCUCGUUAACAUAAUCGUGGGAACCCCUCCUUCGAGCAAGUGCUGUGCUUUGCUUAAAGGGAUGGCUGAUUUGGAAGCUGCACUUUGCCUUUGCACCGCCAUCAAAGCUAAUGUACUUGGGAUCAACCUUAAUGUUCCUGUUACUCUUAGCUUGAUCCUCAGUGCGUGUCAGAAGGAGGUUCCUGCAGGCUUCCAAUGUGCAUAGUUUGUCUGUUGUUUUUAGCUUUGAAUUCUGCUGUUUUGUUGGUGUUUUUCAUGUUGGAUUUUUAGGGUUUUGUUUGACUUGAACACUUUGUGAUUACAUUUUUAUCAGGAAUUCAGGCAUUCAUGUUGUAUUGUUUUGUUCAAGUUCAAUAACUAGGCAUGUCGGUUCAAGUACCUCUGCCUAAUGUAAUGUGUCAUUAUUGUUGUCAAUGUUAA